AUGAACUCAAGCGCCCCAGGCUGCCCCAUGGCUUCUCUCUAUGUGGGGGACCUGCAUCCUGACGUGACCGAAGCGAUGCUCUACGAGAAGUUUAGCUCGGCGGGGCCUAUCCUUUCCAUCAGGGUGUACAGGGAUGUGAUCACACGCCGCUCCCUGGGGUAUGCUUCUGUGAACUUCGAGCAGCCUGCUGACGCAGAGCGUGCUUUGGACACCAUGAAUUUUGAUGUCAUCAAGGGCAAGCCAGUCCGUAUCAUGUGGUCUCAGCGUGAUCCGUCACUACGCAGGAGUGGAGUAGGCAACGUGUUCAUUAAAAAUUUGAACAAAACCAUUGAUAAUAAAGCGCUGUAUGAUACGUUUUCUGCUUUUGGCAACAUCCUUUCCUGCAAGGUGGUUUGUGAUGAAAACGGCUCCAAGGGCCAUGGAUUUGUACAUUUUGAGACCGAGGAGGCAGCGGAAAGAGCCAUCGAGAAAAUGAAUGGGAUGCUUCUGAACGAUCGCAAAGUGUUCGUCGGACGGUUUAAGACUCGGAAAGAACGGGAAGCAGAACUUGGAGCAAGGGCCAAGGAGUUCACCAACGUUUACAUCAAGAAUUUUGGAGAUCGCAUGGAUGAUGAUACCCUGAGUGACCUCUUUGGCAGGUUUGGGCAGGUCCUAAGUGUGAAAGUAAUGACCGACGAAGGUGGAAAAUCCAAAGGGUUUGGCUUUGUCAGCUUUGAAAGGCACAAAGAUGCGCAGAGAGCGGUGGAUGAGAUGAACGGACAGGAGCUCAAUGGAAAACUCAUUUACGUUGGUCGAGCUCAGAAGAAAGUGGACCGGCACACGGAACUCAAGCGCAAAUUCGAGCAGGUGACUCAAGACAGGGGAGUCAGGUACCAGGGUACCAACCUCUAUGUGAAAAAUCUUGAUGAUGGUAUUGAUGAUGAGCGUCUCCAGAAAGAAUUUUCUCCCUUUGGAACAAUCACCAGUACAAAGGUGAUGAUGGACGGUGGUCGCAGUAAAGGGUUCGGUUUUGUGUGUUUCUCUUCUCUGGAAGAAGCCACAAAAGCCGUUUCAGAAAUGAAUGGUAGAAUUGUGGCCACAAAGCCACUGUAUGUAGCUUUAGCCCAGCGCAAAGAAGAGCGCCAGGCUCACCUCACUAACCAGUAUAUUCAGAGAAUGGCGAGUUUACGAGCUGUGCCGAACCCUGUGAUCAACCCCUACCAACCAGCACCUUCAGGUUACUCCAUGGCCACUGUCCCAAAGACUCUGAACUGUGCUCCAUGCUGCCCUAACCAAAUUGCUCAAGCAAGGCCAAGCGCUCGCUGGACUGCUCAGGGUGCCAGGCCUCAUCCAUUUCCCAGUGUGCCUGGUGCUAUCAACCCAGGUGCUCCUAGAUCAUCGUUUACUACCGGAAGACCAAGUUCUUCUCUUGUUCCUCAAGGCCUGUCAGCACAGCACAUUCCUAACACAUCAGCACAAACAGCGGCUCAAUGUCCAGCGGCAGCUUUUUCCGCUGUUUGCUCUGUUCCACAGUAUAAGUAUGCUACAGGGGUCCGGAACCCCCAACAACACAUGAAUGCUCAGAUGGUACAACCGCCUGCUGUUCGCGUACAGGGUCAGGAACCUUGGACUUCUUCUAUGUUAGUAACUGCUCCCCAAGAGCAGAAGCAAAUGUUGGGAGAAAGGCUGUUUCCUCUCAUUCAAGCCAUGCACCCGACUCUGGCCGGUAAGAUCACUGGCAUGUUGCUGGAGACUGAAAACUCGGAACCACUUCAUAUGCUUGAGUCUCCAGAGUCCCUGCGUACUAAGGCUGAUGAAGCUGUGACCGUACUCCAAGCCCACCAAGCGAAAGAGGCUGCCCAGAAAGCUGUUAGCAAUGCUUCCGGUGUCCCAACUGUUUAAACUGACCAGAGACCUCGGAAAAGAAACUCAGAC